AUGUCAUUUAAAGUAGCCGUUGUUUUAUUUGCAAUCAUCAGUGCAAUUACUUGCUCCCACAAUGUACCACCGAGGCAGAUUUGGAGAAGACAAAGAAGGGACGUACCUUCCAUAGUGAUUGGCAAUGUGGACAACCAAAUACGAAAUAACUUUAAUAUUGGUGGAGGCGGUUCAGUUCCGCCAGGAUCUCAAGUUGUUGCUGGCUCUGUAUUAACUCAGACAAACAAUGAUUACGUAGCAAUUAAUGAUGCGGGAAAACUGGUAUUGGUAAUGCCUGACGUCCUUACCAAGCCGGAACAACGUAUUGUUCCUGAUUUGAAUGACACAGAAAUUAGAAAACUGCUCAAUCUGACUCCGGAUCAGCAUAAUGCAAUGGUGAUUGUAAAUUUAAGAAAAUCUUUGAGCAUAUUGGAGGAAUAUUGUGAAAGAAUCUCACAAUUAGUCGAUCUGGCUAUCAUUGCGAAGAAAACAAAUUUUGAAAACACGAGGGAAUCUUACCCCCGUAAAUAUCAUGAUGAAAGAAUGUGGUAUAUCGAGUUAGAAAUGUACUUAAUCGAUAUUUUCGAUUAUCAAAAUGAUCUGGAUGAGUUAAUGAACAAAAUUCGCCGUCAGGAGAGCAUUUCUAAUUCGAAGGUUAAGAAAGCAAGAAAAACGAUGAGGGAACUGGUGAGAUCCCAUAAGGACUUGACGGAGCAGUCGCAACAGAUUUUAAAUUCUAGUUAA